GUGCUCGUCCGCUAUGGAAACUCUUCCGUGAUGCUUCCUUCUGGGUGGGCCCCUGAGCGGCUGGCCAUUGUCGAGAUGCUUCGACAGGGGAAGAAGGUGGGUGGUCGAUGCCCGGAGGUUACCGCAAGAAGGAAGUUGGUGCUCAGGGUGCUGGACCCCACAGAAAUCUGUCAUGGAAUGAACUACUUCUGGCGCGGUGUUCAUCUUACAACAGACGGCGUGAAGUUGCCAGUGUUCGUGCACGCAAAUGGUGUAGAUGAGAAGAUCUACUUCAUGCGGGACAGAGGUAUUUGGUUUGUGGAUGAUUGGUCGGAGCGCUUCCCGGAGCAGAGUUCCCAGAGGUUCUUGCAAUACACACACCCUCGCGGGCAAGACCUGAAGGGGGACUUCGGUAUGGUACUGGCAGCUCUCCAGUUGGCGCAGCUAUUGAGCCGGAUUUUGGUGCUGCCGAGAACUAUGAAUUGCGCCAACUCUCCGGCCUUUGCUGCAAGAAUGCUGCACUGGCAAGACUGCACAGUGGAUCAGUACGCUUCUGCAAAGAUCCUGUUUCGGUACUUCAACGGGACUUUGGCCGAAUCUUCUCUAGCGGCACACCCUCGAUUCCUGGCUCUGGCCACGCAGAGGUGGACCGCACGGAGCAAGCCUCCCACAGACGUGUCUGUACUGAGCCUCGAAGCGACAGCUCGGUGUACACGAGGUUGA